GCCUUUAUUUUUUUCUUCCCCUGGACUCUGCCUCUGUCCAGUCUGCUGACCGAAGAUCUGCGUGCAGCAUUUUGUUUCUCCACUUACCCUUCCUACUCAACCCAGAACUUUUGGCCAGAAUGGAACAACUCUAAUAAGGUUAUAAUGGCCUAUGCAACUGAAAUAUGAGUCUGUUGUAACCUGUGUCGCUUUUACGCGCAAAGAUGAGUUCGGAGAAGCCAAACUUUCUGUCACAGCCCGUGGUGAAGAACGUUUUUAUGUUCCGUAAUGGUGACGCGUACUACGAGGCUCGCCGAAUAGUGGUAAACCAAAAGAGGGUGUGCAACUUUGAAACUUUGCUAAGAGAGGUGACGGGGGGGAUACAAGCCCCGUUUGGAGCGGUAAGAAACAUUUACACACCGAGAGGAGGUCACAAAGUUGACAGCCUGGAGAACCUGAAGAGCGGGGAGCAGUACGUCGCUGCUGGAAGGGAAAAAUUCAAAAAGCUAGAUUAUCUACAGAUUGGCUCCAGGAAGAAGAAAAUGAUGCGGACCCUUCCAAUGCAGGCAAAACCAUUUCCACCAAAUAGAAUCAUUGUGUCAGCUCGAUUUCUGAAACCCAUCAAGGAGCCAUGCACUAUAUUUGUGGUAGCAAAUGGUGAUAUGUUGAACUCUGCAGUGAGGCUGUUGGUCCACCAGAGGAUGCUGGGCCAGUUUGACAAGGUACUAGAAAUGAUUACAGAGAAGAUGGGAUUAAGAGUCCUCGGGGGUGUGAGAAGUCUCUACACCUUUGAAGGCCAGCAGGUCACUGAGGGGAAUCAGCUGGAAAGCGGUCAGCUUUAUGUGGCUGUGGGAAGAGAAAAGUUUAAGAAACUUCAAUACAGUGAUCUGCUCUUCAGCAAACCCAGAGGGACAAGGAGAGUCAAAGGAAUGAAAGCUUAUUCUCUGCCCCCACUCUACAGAUUCUCAAAACAGAGUGAAAAUAGUAAAUCCACGGUCCAGGGAAGUGAUAGUGGAGAUGGAGAGUCUCUCAAGGCCUCUCCUCCAAGCCACAACAAAGAACACCUGUCCUCUAUUGUUAGAGAGCUUUCUCAGGCCAAACUACUUUCCCUAAAGAAGAGGAAGAGUGGACAGAGCCUGACCCCUGGCGCAUCUGACAAUGAUGAACUGGAAUUCAAGUUUGAUGAAGGAAAUGCUGAUUGCCAAACACUACAGGACAAUGGAGCUGAGAAACUUGAUGCUACUGAUACAAAUGCUGCAGAGGAGAACAUUGAAAACCCAGAAGAAAAAAAGGAGGCUGCCUCUGAAAAUGGCAGAGAAGAUGCUUCACCUAGCAAUGAAAUCAAGGACAACCAGGAGACAACCGUUGAAAAAGAGGGAGGAGGAGAAAAAAUGGAAAUUGGUGGACAAAAAGCUGGAAAAGAGAAAGAAGAAGAAAUAAUGGCAAUGGGGAAAGUGGAGGAGGUAAAAGAAGGAAAAAAGGAGGAGGCCACAGAAGAGAAUGAGGACGUGUUUAAGAGUGAAGAGCAGGAAUCUAGCAGUGAUAAGACCCUGGACAGUAAAGAGAUUGAGGAUGGAAGCCAUACGUCUUCUCAGAUUGAAAAGGGGCAAAUUGUAGAAGGAGAGAUAAAAGAUAAAGACCGUGGUGAGGUGGAAAAAAGCACUGCAGCUCACGCUAAUGAUGUAGACACAGCGGAGGAACAGAGAGAGACAGAAAACAGCAAUGAUCCAGGGAAGACUCAGUCAGAUAACGAGACAAAAGAGAAUGAUAAUGGUAGAAGUAGCAGAGGCAGCGGGAAUCAAGAAGAAGAUGCGAGUGAAACAAAAGAGGGAGCUACCAAAGAGUCAGGUGAAGAAGAGGAGAGCAAGGUGAAUGGAGAGGUCAGUGGAGACGAUAAUGAGGUAGAAGGUGAAGCAGAGCAAGACAAAAGUGAAAAAGAGGAAUAGGAAAGAGAACAUAAAGGUUUUCAGAUAAGCAAUACUGAAAAUAUUAAGUUACAAAAUCUAUAUAUAAUGAAGGUCGCAGAAGAAAUUUAUAGAAAGCAAAGCAAGACUACAGUGCAGUCUGAGAAGGUUUUUUUUCUUUUUUCUCCUAGAUAGUGUUGUAGAAGCUGCACCUAAAUAAAAGCACUUCUGUAAUGCUGAGCAUGUAACUUGAAUCUUUAAAUGGCUCUCUGCUAAAGUACAAAAACACCAUAUAUUUCAGAUGUCUGAAACAGAAUAUAGAGUAAUAUGUUCUUAUUUUGCAGUAAAAUGUUGUUACCUAAUCGGUUGCUUUAUUGUUUCAUUAUACACGGUCUGUGAGUGAUGCUGAGAAAUGAAAAUACAUGUACCAUUUGAAAUUUAAUGCUUGAAUACAGAAUUCUGCUUAUUUUUAAGAGGAAUGAGUAUGACUUCCAUGGCAACUCAUACAAACUUUUCAAGCAGAUAUAAUAAGGUAUGUGUAAUAUUGCAUGGUUUUGCAUGGUAAGGUAAAUUAUAUAAUAAAAUUUAAAAUAGGAGAAACUACACAAUGGCUCUGAGCUUCUUCCCAGAUGAGUGUUUUUCAGCACCAUCCAAAACCAUGAGCAACACAGCAAGUCAGUCAAUGUGUUUGAUAACAGUGGUGUUCCAGCCCUUCAAUAUAGUUCCAGACACUUACAGAAUCAUUACCGGUUAAGGCACAUUGAUUCAACAAGUGCAAGUGGUGAGCCAGAACCCUACUGUUACACUUAACGUUGGUUUCUGUCACUGAUCUGUAGUUUCAAAGUCUAUUUUUUUA